CCCGCUCACGUUAUAUAAAAAUACAUAGCCACCCCCGACCCCUUACAUUUACAUGUAUAUAUAUACAUGUACAUACACAUGGUUAGAACAACUAUCUCAAAAUAUAAACACCAUCAUCUGUUCUACUAGGUUUCUUCUUCACCAUAUCUAGCUUAACUUAUCUUCCUCACAAUCAUCAUCACCAUGGCCAACGCCGUCCUCCGGUCUUUUCUUCCUAUCUUCUCUGUUAUCUUCUUCUUGACCACCAUUAACGUCGCCUCUGCAAAGCCCUUCUCAAAGACCGUAUCUCCAUCAUCGCUAGGGCUCAAGAAGGAAAAGCUCACUCAUCUCCACUUCUUUCUCCACGACAUUUUAACCGGCGAAAACCCUACUGCCGUCCAAGUCGCGAGCGCGGCCACCACCAACACUUCAUCGUCGUUCUUUGGAUCCGUCGUCGUCAUCGACGACCUCUUGACCGCCGGCCCGGACGUGAAGUCGAAGACGGUAGGGAGAGCGCAAGGCAUGUUCGCGUUCGCGUCGCAGAGCGAGCUAAGCUUGUUAAUGACGAUCAACUAUGUUUUCACGGAGGGAAAGUUCAACGGGAGUACGAUCAGUAUUCUGGGUCGGAACGCGGUGUUUUCCGGCGUGAGGGAGUUGCCGAUCGUCGGCGGCAGUGGGGUUUUCCGGUUCGCCAGAGGGUUUGCUCUGUUGAAGACGCACUCGUUUGAUGUUCAACUGGGGAAUGCUGUCGUCGAAUAUGACGUCUACGUCUUGCAUUAUUGAUUAUUUAUUUAGUUAAUAACAAAUUUUUUAAUGUGGAAUUAUUAAUAAAAAUUAUUGUAAGUCCGUUACUUCUUUA